AUGGUCAAAUUAGUGAAGACAGCAACGGUGAACUCCUGUUCGUGUAUCCGGGACGUUACCAAUUCUGGGCAUUCAAAAUCCCCACAAUCAACAUUAAGAAUGUCAGAUAAAGAUUAUGCAUCAAAGCGAAUAUCUGUCCCCACAACCCUGGAGAAAUAUCCAUUCUCGUCGUUUCCUAGUGACAGUUUAAUUGAAAUACAGUUGCUUAAAUUUUUUCUUUAUGACAAGUUUACAAUUAAGGAUUUGGGGGAACUUAAAUACUUUCUCGGUUUGGAGACAGGCAGAACUAAAAUUGGUAUAUCUAUUUGUCAAAGUGAAUUUGUUCUUGACAUACUUGAACAAGCAAGAGUUCUUGGUGCAAAACUAGUAGUUUUUCCCAUGGAUUCAAAUUUAAAACUCACUACUUCAGAUUAUGAUUCGUAUGAGGAUCCUUCAGCCUAUAGAAGAUUGGUUGGGCAGUUGUUAUAUUUAACUUUAACUCGACCUGAUCUUACAUUUUCAGUCCAGGUUCUCAGUCAGUUUUUAGCCAAACCAGCAGUUAGUCAUUUCAAAGCUGUCAUUCGAGUUCUUAAGUAUUUAAAGGCAACUCCUGGUCAAGGGUUAUUCUUCCCAGCUUCUUCAAAAUUGCAGCUAAAGCCUUUCUCCGAUAGUGAUUGGGUAGGGUGUAUUGACACUCGAAGGAGUGUCACUGGUUUUGCUAUUUUCUUGGGUGAUUCAUUAAUUUCUUGGAAGAGAAAAAAGCAAGCUACUAUCAACAUGUCCUCAAUUGAAGCAGAAUACAGGGCCCUUGCUUCAACAGCUUGUGAAAUUCAAUGGCUUCUUUAUGCACUACAUGAUUUGCUUAUUACCCAUCAACAGCUAGCUUUGGUUUAUACCGAUAGUAAAUCAGCCUUGUCCAUUACUACUAAUCCAAUCUAA